GGCUAUAAAAAAAAAAAAUCCCCAGCAUAUACAUAGAUACAGACAGACAGACAGACAUACAUACAUACAUACAUAUUUAUUUUACUCAUCCCUCUGGAAAAAGCCAGUAUCUUCAUACUGGACAUCGACUUGGAUGUUUGAAGUGUGAAACCGUAGUGUUGCAUUGUUCCGCGGUAGAAAUGCGCCGGUGGCGGCGCUGGACGCAGAUGCUAUGACAGCCAUGAUCCGUGUCUAACGGGAGAGGGUGUAGUCUACAUGGAACCACAACACUGAUGAGAGUGUAAGAUCUUUUGACUGGAUUUCGCAAAAUAACAUCGUGUAGUCGGGGAAGCGCCUAUCGUAUUGCGGAGGGGGACAUUUCUUUUGUUUAUCUGGGAGAGAUCAGUGCAUCUGGAGUAUUGUAGGAUGCAAAGGUGUUUCUCUGAGAAACAAAGAUGAGCGUGACAUCGUGGUUCCUGGUCAGCAGCUCUGGUACUCGUCACCGUCUGCCACGGGAAAUGAUCUUUGUUGGCCGGGAAGACUGCGAGCUAAUGCUGCAGUCUCGUAGUGUGGAUAAACAGCAUGCUGUUAUCAACUAUAACCCUGCCACAGAUGAACACCUUGUCAAGGAUCUUGGAAGUUUAAAUGGGACCUUUGUGAAUGACUUGAGAAUUCCAGACCAAACAUACAUAACCCUCAAGCUGUCGGACAUUGUUCGUUUUGGAUAUGAUUCACAUGUGUAUAUUCUUGAGAAGAGUCAACAUAAAGUCCCUGAAGAGGCCCUCAAGCAUGAGAAGUACACCAGUCAGCUGCAAAUGGGCAUAAAAUCUACAGAGAGCAAGCAACAGAACUUGCAGGAAGACAGGUCCAAAUUAGAGCACUCUGAAUGCAAGAGUCUCACAGAGUCACCUGUACCUCGGCCAACACCAUUGUAUGGCCAGCCAUCAUGGUGGGGUGAGGAGGACUCUGGAAACAAGGAAGCACACAAUGAAGUACAAAGGUCAGGUGAGAGUCAUUCAGACAUCACAAAGGAGGCCCAGACAGCUGAGGGUGAAUUUAACAUCACUGUUCAGGAGCUCCGUGGCGGCCAGGCCAAGUCAACCUACCCAUACCACAGAGAGCCCAGUUAUUUUGAAAUUCCAACAAAGGAUAUGCAACCUAAGUCUCCAACAACAGAUUUAAUCGAUAUCCCAACCAAAGACACCAAUAUUCCUCUAAUUUCUACACCUCCAGUUGUCCAGAGUCAUGCUUCUUUUACUAUCGAGUUUGAUGACUGCAUGCCAGGCAAAAUAAAAAUCAAGGAUCAUGUGACCAAGUUCUCCUCUCGUCAGCGUAGCAAAGAGCAGCAGCAGCCCAGUAAUUCUCUGGUAGCCACACCCACAGAGGUUCUAUCAGCUGAGAGCAAAGUGGCAGAUUGGCUUGUGCAGAGUGAUGUCAGUAUGAUGUGCAGGCGUCCUCCUUGUGAGGAUGUGUACAGCACUAAGAGUGACUUGGCGAUGCAUAUUCGGGCUCUCAAAGGACACCAUCAUGAAGAUGGAACCCAGAGUGAUUCAGAAGAUCCUGUAAUGAAAGGACAACACAGCAAAUCACAUCAUUCCAUGCAAUCACAAUCAUCAGUACAGUCACACCAGUCAGCUCAGUCAAGGAAAUCCGAACCACCCGAAUCAGUUCUGUCCCAAGAGUCUGUCUCAAUGCAAAAGUUUCAUCAUCCUCAGUCAGUCUCUCCACACAAACACCAAGGAGAACUUGAUGAAAGCAAGGUUCAUCCUGUUCAAGAAACCUCUUCUCCUCCCCAGACAGAGGCUAAGCCCAUUCACCCUGAGCCUCAUGCCCAGCAGGCCUUCAUUAUUGAGUUCUUUGAUGAUAAUCCCAGAAAGAAACGGUCACAGUCCUUUACCCACAACUCUGUGCAUGCUGACUCCUACUCUGCAUUGAAGGCCAAACUAGAGAGACGGAAAGGUCUGGCUCAUGGGGAAAGGCCUGCCUCUGUGCAUGGGCAUGUUCCUCCAACACAGCAAAUCACUGUUCCACUGAAAGGUUCAAGCCCUGGAGGUUCACAGCGAUCAAGCUCACUGAAGAGAGAGAAGACAGAAGAUGGUGUGACCAGCACAUCUCUAUUAGGGACCUCAUCUCGCUCUUCACCAGCUAUCACCAUUAAGCCUUUUGGGAGUGUCGGCAAGAAGUCAAAACUCUCUCAGGAUUUUACCGCAGAGUUUUUGAAGGAAAUGGGCAAGACUUCCCCACCUCCCAUGUCUGCGCCUCCUGUGAUGAUGUCCCCAUCACACACUCUUUUACCCUCCCCAGCAGAGCCAUCUGGACCCUCAUCUGUAUCAUACCCUUCUUCUCCAUCCCAACUACCUGCAUUAUCCCAGUCUAUUCUUUCAGCAACCUCCCCUGUCUCUAUCCAUUCCCAAGCCCCAGAAAAGGGUUUAGUUUCUAGUGCCUCCCCACUCUGCUCAGCUGGAUCACCUGUACCACAGUUUUCACCAUUGUUAGUUAGUGGUGUUGAAACUAAGGUCUCGAAGGUGACACGAACCGAGGAGGAGGACAGUCUGAGUGAUGCUGGUACUUACACAAUUGAGACAGAGUCACAAGAUAAGGAAGUGGAGGAAGCUAGAAGUAUGAUUGAUCAGGUGUUUGGUGUUUUAGAUGCACCAGAAUACAGUGGUCAGAAUCUUGGAGUUUAUAGGCCUGUGAUUGAUGAUGGUAAAGAUGAGCAACUAUUCUUGAGUCACAGUCAUGGUAUUGAUGUAAUGUCGACAUCAUCACAGGGCCAUGGUAGAAACCAAGUCAUCUCACUGCAGGCACAUCCUGAUGUAGGAGGGCCUAAAUGGGUCUCACGCUGGGCCAGCCUAGCAGACACUUAUAGUGAUCCUGUGGCUACCCAAGGAUCAAUGGGAAUUCCACCCCAAAGUGGACCUGUAGACAGAGAUGACAGUACGGCAUCAAUGAUUAGUCAAAGCUUGGAUAUCUCGGAGUCAGAGGGCAGUCAAGUUUCCAGGUCCAGAAGACUACUUCCUCAGGUUCCACCUGGAGAAAAACUGGAGAACACAACCCCCAGUAUCUUGAUACGACAUGAAAUAAACAUGGACCAUGAGCCACCAGAGAAAGGUUCCAGUGUACCACGGCAGCAGGACUGCACUCAGAGGCUAUGUGUCCAAGACGAUGUGGACCCAGACAGUCUGAGUGACACUAGCCGUUCAGAUGACAGCUCUAUCAUUGAUAGGAGUGGAAGGAGCCAAGGAAAGAGAGGAACUACAACACAUUCACCUUCUGAAAUUGUAAACCUUUCCAGAGGGUUAAGAGAGUUGCCAACACCCACUCCUAAACCCACCUCAUUUUAUAUUGGUUCUGAGGAUGGUUCAUGCAAGUCAGAUGUGUCCAAAAGUCCAGUUCUUUCACAGCCAGAGAGAGACUCCUCUCCCAAGAUACCUCCAACAACUGUCUUGAUACGACAUUUGAAUGGCCAUGAGUCUAGGCAUCCAGUGAAGCCUAACUCAUCAGCCCCAAAUCUUCAGAUGCAUAACAGGGAUGUGGUGCCCACCAAAGAGACCUCAACCUCAUUUGUUCGACAGGAGAGUUUUACCAAAGAUAGGCCAAGUGAUAACAUUCAAGUCAAGAAACUGCCACAUAUCUCUAGUCAUCCUGCUUUGAGAAGCUUGGAUACAGAGGAAGCUGUUCGAGAUACAUUUCCAUAUCCUAAGGAGGCAGAGAAAUCUUUGACAUCACCAGUAGAAAAGUUACCUGGAUCUAGUCAACAAUCAAAAACAGGGAGCUGUCCUGCACACGAAGACUCCCUGUCUGGUGAUUCAGAUGUUGAUACUGCCAGCACUGUAAGCAUGGUCAGCAAUAAAAAUGCUCCUAUCAGUGCAAAUAAGAAGCACACUUCUGCAGCUGAUCUGCGUAAAGAGAAGUCAUCUUCCGGUUUACAAGCACGACAACCCACAGCUCGUGAACGACUGUCAGAAAAACGCAGAAAUCAUGCCUCUGCUGAUAAUAACAAUAAAGCUGAACUAAGUCGUCGGCUACAGCUUCGUCGUAGUGCUGGUAACCGUGGUUCUUUAGACCUUUCGGAAAAUCACCAUGGUCAACAGCUGUGGCCUGAAGCUGCGGCUUCUGACCAUGAGUCAAUUACACGACCCAACAACCGCAAAAAACUCACUGCAUCCCUGCAGAAGGAGGACCCCAGUAAGAUGACCAAAGGAAGCCAUCAGGUGCUGACCCGAUCCAAUAGCCUAUCAGCCCCAAGACCAACCCGUGCCUCCAUGCUCCGUCGAGCUCGACUUGGUGAGGCCUCAGACAAUGAGAGUGCAGAGACAGACCGUGCAUCUCAGAGCUCCGACCAUAGUAAGACACCUACUGAAGGAAAGAAACUGUCAAGACUGGACAUUCUUGCCAUGCCUCGGAAACGCACUGGGUCUUUCACUGUUCCAAGUGACAGUGAGUCCACCUCAAGCAAGCAUGGCAUUUCUAACUGUCCUACAGAGGCAAACAGCAGUGUGAGGAAGGCUUCAAGUGAGGUGAGGCAGGCUACCAACAAAGGGGUUGCAUCAGUAGGGAAGCACUCCGCCACUCGUACCCGAUCUAUUCAAGUUAAACACAGUAGCACACCUGGUUCCCACCACAGACAAAAGGAUUCAGACUAUUCCUCUACCUCAGAGGAGGAGUUUGAGAACAAUUCCAACUCUAAACAUAAACGCUCCCAUGCCUCAGCUUCAACUCAGACACUGACACCACAGAAGACCAUUCAAAUGAGGCUAAAAUGUAGCUCUUUGGAAGCGGAAGAGGAUGAAACUCAGAAUGAACACUUCCAGAACUGGUCUACUCAUAGUGCAGAGAUUGCCAGGCUGAGUCAAGACUUGGCCAAAGAUCUUGCCAUUCUUGCACGUGAAAUCCAUGAUGUUGCAGGGGAUGGUGACUCCCAGACAUCAUCAGGCAUGGGAGCUGCCACUUCCCCAGGCUCCAUGCCCAAUACCCCAGCAUCCACUAUCUCAACCAGAGAGGAGAGACCAUAUGCAUCAUUACAGAGGUUCCUGUUACCUCAGCUGGUACAGCAUAUACCCGAGGCAAGUCUGAACUAUCAAAAGGUUCCUCCAGGCUCAACUAGUCCAAUAGACCAGGACUCAAAUAUGAACGACCAUGACAGUUCCAGACGGCGUCCCUGGAACCGUGAAGAGGUAAUUCUGGACAAUCUUAUGUUAAACCCAGUCUCCCAGCUCUCCCAGGCUAUCAGAGAGAACACGGAACAACUAGCAGAGAAAAUGAAAGCUCUGUUUCAUAACAAGACAGAGGUUUGGGAGGAAAUAGAGGCAAAAAUCAAUGCUGAAAAUGAGGUUCCCAUCCUUAAAACAUCUAAUAAGGAAAUCUCAUCUAUUCUCCAAGAACUGCGAAGAGUCCAGAGACAACUUGAGGUGAUCAACACUAUUGUUGAACCUGGAGGAAUCCUCAACAUUCACUCAAAGGGAACUUCUCCCGGCAGAAAGACCAAAUCUGCUUCCAAGGAGUUAACCAGCCUCACUUCUACAAAUGCCAAUGCAAGUGCAAAACGAGGUCCCAGGGGGCCUGAGGGAGGCCGAUAUGUAGUAUAAGCUUGCCUUCAACAAGAGCAUAGCCAUUAGCUUGCUUUGCAAAGAAGAAAUAAAAAACAAUCAUGUCAAUCAUGUACUGCACUUCACUUUAGGAACUGGCAUAUUUGUGGCACAUUUGUACAAGAAUUGCGAGACUAUGUGUUGUGCAGAUAUGCGGCAUAUGCUUUCUCUAAGACUGUAGACACACUUCACAAGCUAAAACAGGUGUAAACAUUGUUCUUUUCAACAGUUGUAAUCUGUGGCUAGCUUGAAUGAUUGUCCGUAUGCCAAGUUGUCAUUCAUGAUUGAGUGAAUGGGGGGGGGGGGUACACCAUGUCUGCUAUAGUCUCAUUUGUUGAAAACCGUGAGAAAACCAUGUAGCAUUCAAUCCAUCUUCAUUGUCAAUCAUCUAGUGCACUUGGCUUCUACAAAACUUCAGCAUGAAAAAAUGGGUGAAUACAAUACUUAAGUGCUUGUCUUGAACAAUGGCAUAGCCAUUAGCUUGCUUUGCAGAAAAAAAAGUUUCAUCAGCUAUUUUAAUAUAAUGCUAUCAAAGAUAAGAAUCAAAUAUUGGUGCUUUUAAGAAUGUGGCUACUGUUGAAUUCCCAGACAUAGCAAGUUAAAAUGUCAUUAAAAAGUAUGCAGUCUUUGGCAUACAUUAAGUUUCUUUUCGUAUUUUUGUUUUGUAACUACACCACACGUCUGGGGUGUCAGGGUUUGUUUACCUGUGUAAGCGAGUGCUAGGCUAGGUUAUGUAGAAUCAUGUGUGAUGCCGUGAAGUGUUGUUGCUGUGUGUUGCAGGUGAAAACUUGAAAAAUGUGUUAUCUUCACCCUGCCCCAAUAUAUUAUACACUCACAGAAAAAAAAGUACAAAAGCUGUCACUGGGGCGGUACCUUUUC